AUGGCGGCGGCGGCGGGCGGCGAUGGCGGCGCGGGCGGGGCUGAGGGCGGCGGGGCCGAUGGCGGGGACGAGCCCGCACCGGCGGCGGCCCCGGGGCGCGCCCAGGUGUUCAGCACCGUGGUGGACACGUUCCUGGAGAAACUGGUGGCCGCCGGGAGCUACCAGAGGUUCGUCAGCUGCUACCGUUGCUUCUACAAGCUGCAGCCGCAGCUGACCAGGAGCAUCUACGAUCAGUUCAUCUCCCAGCUCCAGACGUCCAUCAAGGAGGAGAUCCAGGAGGUGAAGAAUGAAGGGAAUCUGGAGGGACUCUUCAGUUUGCUGGAUAAGAUCGUGGAGGAGGCCAAGGACCGGGAGGAGCCAGCGUGGCGGCCCAGCGGGGUCCCGGCGCGGGACGUGCGCAGCGCCCUGGUGCCGUUCCUGCUGCGCCACCGCUCCCACCUGCGCCGGGCGCUGCAGGAGAGGCAGCACAGGAGCAGCAGCCUGGCCCAGGAGGUGCUCAAGGGCAGGGACAGCAUUGCAGAGCUGCAGCAGGUGAUCCAGGCUCGCCAGGAGGCCUGGCAGGCAAUCACUAAGGAGCAACGAGAACUGAUCAUGGCACUCCAGGAGCUCCAGUGAUGUCCCACAGACUCUGCUGAGACAGCUCAUCAUCCCACAGCACUGAUGGGACAAGGUGUGUGCACUGAGAAUCACCCCAUCAGGCCACUGGAGACUGCAGAGGGACUGGAACAGCUGCUGGGCUGGCAUGGGUUGAUUGAAAACAAAAAACCAACAAAAGAAACAAAAAAAACCAACAUUGGUAUCUUUGGAAAUGGGUGGCAGUUCCCUAUUUCCUACUCAGCCUGACAGAGGAGUGUCACAAAGUGUGUCUGUGCUCUCAUCUGCUGUACUCAGUGCUGUGACAGGCCUGGUUCCAAUUUCCAAAGCCACAUUUGGGCGUUUGUAGCUGUUUUAGCUGUGUGUUAGACAAAAUUCAGUGCCUUAAGCCCCAGGGCAGGCUGUGCUGGGGUCACAGCCAAGGCUCCUGCCUUGUUUGCAGGUUCAUUGAGUCCCUGUGCUCACUGCCCUUGCAGAUGUGGCAGCAGCUGCUGCCCCAAGUUCCUCGUUACCGUUCCUUCUGUUCUCUUCUGAAGUUAUUUUCUGGCCCUGGUUCGCUCCCAGGGAUCUGUGCAGAGGUUGGAACAGCCCUGCCUCCGCUUUGUGGCUUUGUAGCACAGGGUUUUCAUGUUUUUCCUGUGGAAUCUUCCAGAGCCAGACUGGCUUUCCCCACCCAGAGCUGUCUGUUGCUGCCUCUCCUGUUUGUGGGCUGGGGAAGCCAAGGGAUCUCCCUGGCACAGCCCCACCUGUGAGUGGAGUGUUCCUCCAGCAUGGACAGGCUGUGCUGGGGCUGCCCAGGGAGGCAGGAGAGUCCCCUGCACCUGCAGAGGUUCUGAGGGCACAGCUCCAGGGUUCCUGCCCUGCCCUGUGCCCAGCUGGGAUGGGGCAGUGGCUGCUGCACCACAGCCCAGCCUCUGUCAGCAAUUAGAGCAGCAGAGUGGCUGCAGCGUUUCCCCUCUGCCUCCCCUCUCUGUGCUGGAAUCUCCUCAAUAAACUGGGGCUGUUCUUCCCA